AUGUUAUUAGGCCCCCUGAUACACCAAUCCAAAGAUUAAUUACUGGCGGUGUGUACUCAAGAAGAGUCAGCUUAGAGUAAUUCAAGUCUCAUCAAGCUAUUCCAGUAUAUUAUUUUUGGUAAUCUUAUAUCGAUUGAAUAGGGUGCUGCUCUUACAAUAAUUGAAAGAAAUAAAAAACCGAAUGAAGAAGUCAACAUCAAACCUAUUACUCAAACUAAAAUAGGAGCUGAGCACUACAAACCUUCCUGGUAUUUAAAUCCUUACGAUACUACCAGUAAUGUAAGUAAGGAUGUAUCUCUGAACAACCUCCAUUCAACCAGGAUUUUCAAUCGAAAACAAGCUGCUGAGGAAUUGAAGAGUAAUACGAAGCUCAACACAGGAAGAGAAAUAGGUAAAAAUGACUUUAAUCUGUUGAAAACUCAAGAUUUAAACACCAAAUCUAAGUUUGCUUCUACUCAAAAAUUGGUUCCACUUGUUGAAAACCACAACUACAUCUCUUAACCGGAAAAUGAUUUCUAUAAGAAUACCAAGAUAUUCUUCAAACCAUAGUAGAAUGCAUAAAAAUAUCACUUUUGCACUCCUGACUACCUCAGAGUCAAUAGAGAUGCAAGAAUGACUGCACUUCCUGAGUCAAUGACUGUCCUCAGUAGAAGUAACGGUUGGCUUACAGUCGAUCCCUCAACUUAAAGUAGAAAGAAUGCUUUUGAUAAAUAGGUGAAAGGCAACAUGCAUAAAUCCUCGAAUCUAAGUCCUCAAUGGAUGUAAACUGAAGCUACUCCAGAUGUAAAACAAGCAAAGAUCUUCAAAGCACAGUCUCUUAACAGGUAAAAUGUUAGAGGAGAAAAUAGUAGAGUGCUUUUAGCAGAGCCUUCCCAGAAUACCAGAAGCAUUUUCAAUAUUGGAUAGAUGAGACACAAUUUGACAUCUAAAGAAGAUGUUAUGAAAUAUGGAGGUGGAUUUAUCCAAUCUGCCUAACCUGCUAGACUUUUGGAAUGGAAAGAGGAUUUCUCAAAGCAGAAAUAUGAAACAGCAUGCUCUCCAAAAGUGGGCUAGCAAAUUUGA